GUGUUGUGUUCAUGUGUUGUUGGUGCAUUGUAUUUUGCCUAUUUUAGAUUAUUUUUCUUAAUGUAUUAAUAAUAAUAUAGUGAGAUUUCAGCCGAGUGAAGCAUAAUCUAUUACUUCUUCUUCACCUUCCUUCCGGAAAGCUAAAGUCCUUGCUCAAAAAUGAAGGAGAAAAAGAAAAACAAGGAGAAGCGCAGCAAACAUCAAGACUCUGAAAAACAUUCUAAAAAGAAAUCUAGACGGUCUUCAAGCUCAGAGUCAGAUGAAUGGGUAGAACAGGAAAAGACAUCUAAUCCAGUUACCAAAGAGCGGGAUGACUGGAUGGCUAUGACGGGGAUGCUCAAAACAUACACAAAAGAAGAUAUAAAGCCAAAACGUGAGGAGAAAAAUAAACCUAAUAUUGAUUCUUACAACCCCGCCACAUGCAGUAGAGAACUAAACCCAUAUUGGAAAGAUGGUGGCUCUGGUCUUCCACAAUCUUCUGAAAGUUUCAAAAAAUCACGACCUUUCAUUAAACCAUCCAAUGAGGAUGAUUACUAUUCAAGAUCAUCACAUUCCAGAAAAUUCAUCAAGCCCAAUGAUAAUAAUUAUUACUCCCCAAGCAGUGAAAAGUAUAAAAAACCUGAUGAUGAAGAUGAUUACUAUGCAUCAUCUUCAUCAAGACAUAAAACUGGUAGAGAACACCAUAAACCUGGAGAUGAUGAUAUCUACUAUUCAUCCUCAAAGCAUAGUAAGAGUUCUACUGAGACUAGAAGCAGAAAUUGCGAAGCAACAAAAUAUGAGUCUUCAAGCUAUAAGCAGUCCAGUAACUGGAGAGUGAAAAACAACAAAGAUAGAGGUAGACAGGAGCCUAAUAUUGAAACACAUUCUAAUGAUGACAACUUUUCUGAAAGUACUAGGGUACAAGAAGAUGGACAUGAAAAUCAAUUUAUAAAACAACAGCCAGAGGAACCUCGUCAACCAAAACAAAUUGAUGGAAAAUAUCUGAGUGAUGAAAAAAUGAAUAAACUUGCAGCCAAAAUUGUCAAGGCUGAAAUUAUGGGUGACAUGAAAGUAGUCAAUGACUUGAAAGCUAAACUUGAGGCAGCCAGGGAAUACAGGAAGCAAAAUCCUGAUGCUGGUCCAAUGGAGGUAGAUGAGGGAGUAAUUCUUAUGUCAACAAAUGCUAUGGGUAACAGCCGACCACUGACUAAAACUUCUCAAGGAGAUGCUAGAAGCAAGGGAGGUAAACGUAAAGCAGAAACUCAUAGUAGUGGUGAGAGGCAAAAGUACUUUGGCAAUGAUGACAAAUAUAAUCUUGCACAAAUGUUUGAACAGGAAAAGUAUGGCACAAACUAUGAUAAUGAUGCUCAACUGGCAAACAUUACUGCUAAACAUCGGAAUCCUAAUGAUGAUCUAGAAGACAUAUUUACUGAUGAAAUAUCUAAGAAUACCAAUGUAGCUAAGGAUGAACAAAAGGAGAAGGAUAGGGCUAUUAAACAGCAUGUGAGAAUGGAGAAGUCUCUAGAAGGGUGUCUGCAUUGUGUGGACUCUAGGGCUAUGAUCAAGCACCUGAUGGUCAGUUGUGGUAGCAAGGUGUACCUGGCUCUACCUGGAAGGAAAUCAUUAGUAAAUGGGCACUGCCUCAUAACCACUAUUCAACAUGCAAGCAGUGUGACAGCUGUUGAUGAGGAUGUAUGGGAGGAAAUCAUGGACUACAGAAAAGCUUUGACAAAGUUUUUUAACUCUCAAAACCAAGAUGUUGUCUUCUUUGAAACAGCAACAAGACUGCACAAGUUUCCUCAUCUAGUCAUCAACUGUGUCCCCCUGCCGAGGGAUGUGGGGGACAUGGCUGCCAUUUAUUUCAAAAAGGCCCUGCUGGAAUGUGAGGCUGAGUGGUCAAUGAACAAAAAAGUAAUUGAUUUAAAAGGGAAAAAUGUGAGGAAAGGUGUACCAAAAGGUCUGCCAUACUUUUGGAUCGAUUUUGGAAUGGACCCAGGAUUUGCCCAUGUGAUAGAAGAUCAACAGCUAUUUCCUAAAGCAUUUGCAGAGGAAAUUAUUGGAGGAAUACUAGAUCUGGACCACAAUCUAUGGAAAAAUCCAAAAAAGGAACAUGGAGAUCAAGAAAGGAAAAAAGUUAUGGAGUUUUUAUCAAAGUGGAAAGAAUUUGAUACUGUAGCAAAACGAUAAAAUAAGCAGUAGCCAUCUACUUGUUACCUUAAAAUCCAUACCAAGUAUGAUAAAAUAAAGUAAUUUUUAAAUCAA